AUGCAGCGGCUCUCCUGGGACAAUCAAGCAGGCCUGACAGAAGACGAGGACGUGCGCGCCAUGCUGCGGGGCUCCCGGCUCUGCAAGAUCCGCUCGCGGACGUGGCAGAAGGAGCGGCUGUACCGCCUGCAGGAGGACGGCCUGAGCGUGUGGUUCCAGCGGCGCAUCCCGCGCGCGCCCUCGCAGCACAUCUGUGAGUCGGGGCGCGGGGCGGGGACACUGGACCUGGCGGCGCCCACCGCCGAGGAGGCGCAGCGCUGGGUGCGCGGCUUGGCCAAGCUGCGCGCGCGCCUGGACGCCAUGAGCCAGCGCGAGCGCCUAGAUCACUGGAUCCACUCCUACCUGCACCGGGCAGACUCCAACCAGGACAGUAAGAUGAGCUUCAAGGAGAUCAAGAGCCUGCUCAGAAUGGUCAACGUGGACAUGAAUGACAUGUACGCUUACCGCCUUUUCAAGGAGUGUGACCAUUCCAACAACGAGCGGCUGGAGGGGACUGAGAUUGAGGAGUUUCUGCGGCGACUGCUGAAACGCCCCGAGUUGGAGGAGAUCUUCCAUCGGUACUCGGGCGAGGACCGCGUGCUGAGCGCCCCUGAGCUGCUGGAGUUCCUGGAGGACCAGGGCGAGGACAGCGCCACACUGGCCCAUGCCCAGCAGCUCAUCCAGACCUAUGAGCUCAAUGAAACAGCCAAGCAGCACGAGCUAAUGACGCUGGAUGGCUUCAUGAUGUACCUGCUGUCGCCCGAGGGGGAUGCCCUGAACCCAGCCCACACAUGCAUGUUCCAGGACAUGGACCAGCCCCUCGCCCACUACUUUAUCUCCUCCUCCCACAAUACCUAUCUGACCGACUCCCAGAUUGGGGGGCUCAGCAGCACCGAGGCCUACGUGAGAGCCUUUGCCCAGGGAUGCCGCUGUGUGGAGCUGGACUGCUGGGAGGGGACAGGAGGGGAGCCCAUCAUCUACCAUGGUCACACGCUCACCACCAAGAUCCUCUUCCGAGAUGUGGUCCAGGCCGUGCGUGACCACGCCUUCACGCUGUCCCCAUAUCCUGUCAUUCUAUCCCUUGAGAACCACUGUGGGCUGGAGCAGCAGGCUGUCAUGGCCCACCACCUCCGCACCAUCCUGGGGGACAUGCUGGUGACGCAGGCACUGGACUCCCAAAACCCUGAAGAGCUGCCAUCCCCAGAGCGGCUGAAGGGCCGGGUCCUGGUGAAGGCGAAGAAGCUGCUGGCUCCUCGGAAUGAGGACGGGCGAAUUCUGUCCGACAGGGAGGACGACGAGGAAGAGGAGGAGGAGGAAGAGGGGAUGGAGGCCGAAGAGCAGAAGCGGCAGGCCAAGCAGAUCGCCCCGGAGCUGUCGGCCCUGGUCGUGUACUGCCGCGCCUCUCGCCUGCAGACCCUGCGCCCCGCCCCCGCCCCGCCCCAGCCCUGCCAGCUGGGCUCCCUCAGCGAGCGCAAGGCCAAGAAGUUCAUCCGAGAGGCAGGGAACAGCUUCGUUAGGCACAAUGCCCACCACCUGACCCGUGUCUACCCGUUGGGGUUGCGGAUGAACUCAGCUAAUUACAGCCCCCAGGAGAUGUGGAACGCGGGCUGUCAGCUGGUGGCCCUGAACUUCCAGACACCAGGCUAUGAGAUGGACCUCAAUGCUGGGCGCUUCCUCGUCAACGGGCAGUGCGGCUACAUCCUGAAACCUGCCUGCCUGCGGCAGCCUGACACAAACUUUGACCCCGAGUGCCCUGGACCCCCCAGAACUACUCUCACCAUCCAGGUGCUGACUGCACAGCAGCUGCCCAAACUGAAUGCUGAGAAGCCGAACUCCAUUGUAGACCCCCUGGUGCGCAUUGAGAUCCAUGGGGUACCCAUGGACUGUGCUCGAAAGGAGACCAACUACGUGCUCAACAAUGGCUUCAACCCCCGCUGGGGACAGACCCUGCAGUUCCAGUUGCGGGCUCCAGAGCUGGUGUUGGUCCGGUUCAUGGUAGAAGAUUAUGACACCACGUCCCCCAAUGACUUUGUGGGCCAGUUUACACUGCCUCUCAACAGCCUGAAGCAAGGGUAUCGUCACAUCCACCUGCUUUCCAAGGACGGGGCCUCGCUGUCACCAGCCACACUCUUCGUCCAUAUCCGGAUCCAGCACUCCUGAGGGCCCGCUCACCCACCCUGGGGUUCUGCGGAUCCAGUCUGCACGCCAGGCAGAGGCCACCUCUGGAGUGGAGGGGAGGGGAGGGGGAGUACCAGCCUGCCCACUUUGCCUGCUCACCAGGCUCUGGUUUCAGCCUGGUGCUGAGGGCUGCCCCAGCCUCUCCUGAAGGACAGGCGGUUUAUCUUUUCCCUGCAACCCUGAGAUGGCCCCAGCUCCCUGAGUACUUGGCCCACCCUGAAUUAUGGCUUAAGAAGAGCCAGGCCUGCUGCUACCAGGAGACUUGGGGCGUAGGACAUAUGAACCCUUAGCCCCUCUGCCCCCUCAAAGGAGUCCAGCCACAGCCCUUACCCCUCACCCAGGCACUGGCCACCCCCUAAGGACUCCCUCCUCAGGUUUUCCUAGGCCUCUCCCUCCAGCUUUUGAACCUGAGCUCCCUUCCCUUGUUAAAGCAAGAAGGGAGACCUGAGGUUGGGAGCCCUGGGACACCGAGAAGUAGGUUUUUAGCUCAUUUCAUAGAAGAGCCCUGAAGAGGACAGUAGAACAAGACUAUUUUUAAAAAAUAAAGAAGCAAGCUUCCUUUA